AUGCGAAAUCUGGACGAGAUACGCGAAGAAAAACGAGCGGAUUGGAGGCGUCAGGUGAUGGAGAAACUGGAAGAGGACGGUGAAAUGUACGCGAAUUUGGAGAUUCGAGAAUUCGGAAAAAACGACGACUACAUUUGGACAGAAGACGAAUGGGAGAAUGAUCUAGAUUUUCCGGAACCGAUAUUUUUCGAUGGGAAACUUGGUUUCAAUAACAUCAAAAACAACAUCAAAAAGUGA